CCCGCGGCGAGACGGAAGGGAAAUCUCGCGAGGUUUGGAGCUAAUAAGCCCGUGCGGCGCGGGGAGGGAAGCCCCUUUCGGCUCCUGGCUGCCCAAGAUGGCGCCCAAAGCGAAGAAGGAGGCCGUGCCGCCCAAGACGGAGGCGAAGGCCAAAGCGCUGAAGGCCAAGAAGGCCGUCCUGAAAGGAGUCCACAGCCACAAGAAGAAGAAGAUCCGCACGUCGCCCACCUUCAGGAGGCCCAAGACCCUGCGCCUGCGGCGGCAGCCCAAAUACCCCCGGAAGAGCGCCCCGAGGAGAAACAAGCUUGACCAUUAUGCCAUUAUCAAGUUCCCUUUGACCACAGAAUCGGCAAUGAAGAAGAUAGAGGAUAACAAUACUCUUGUUUUCAUCGUCGAUGUCAAGGCAAACAAGCACCAGAUCAAACAGGCAGUCAAGAAGCUGUAUGAUAUCGAUGUGGCCAAGGUCAACACCUUGAUAAGGCCUGAUGGGGAGAAGAAGGCUUACGUCCGACUGGCUCCCGACUACGAUGCCCUGGAUGUGGCCAACAAGGUGAGUGAUAUUUGAAGCUGUCAGCUCCCAUCUGCUGCCUCAGAUUUGCUGUACCUCCUUCUUCUUGGUGUGCACGUGAGGCACUUGUGCUUAACGCACGCCAGUGCUGCUGCAGAGUAGUUUGCAGUUAAGUGGGAUCGUAGGGUGGUUAAGCAAGAACAAAUGCUGUCUGAUAAAACCUUCUUCUGCCUGUAUGAGGUCAGGGGAGUUACUGACAGAGCUGCAGUUCUUGCUCUCCUCCAGGGAGGGGCUCCACUCCACAGGGCUGCGUGAAUUUUACAAUACUGAGGAGGAUGCAGAAACUGCCUCAGGGUGAAGUGGUGUCUGUUCUAAUAGUGUUCACAGACAGAGACGUUGGCAGCGCUCCUCGGAAAGGAGAACGUGCUGUCACAAGCACUGCUAGGGCCUGGGUGAGGGAUUGCUGCUGUGCAGGUGGCUCUGCUGCUGGAAAUGGCCAGGUGGUUUGGUCCUUGAUGGCUGUGGGAAGCAGGAGGCUGUGGUGGUAGGUGUUGGAGGUGGGGAAGGUGGCUGUAAGGAUUAACAUGAGAGUCACAGCGGAGCAGAUGAAUACGUCAGCUGUGUGAGGCGCUGGGCGAGUCUGGUAGGAAGAAGCCUGUUUCCAGAGGAAGGAAUCCUGGGGAGAUGCAGCUGCGUCAGUGAUGGUGGAGGCUCUGCCUUUCUGCCUCCAUAACAUCUGUUUUAACAUCUUUUGCUUCUUUCCAGAUUGGAAUCAUCUAAACUGCAUCUACCAAGGACUGUACAGACAGGAUAAUAAACCCUGUAAAACCA